AUGUGGCAGUUACUGUUGCCACUAUCUGUCUUUCUGACAGUUAGUGCUCAACAGGCUGCUGAUGUUCCGACACAUGAUCGAAUCUUUCUCAAAUAUCCAAGUUCAUAUGUUAAUUUCACUUCGGAUGAUUGGAAGUUGAGAGAAACCGACGAUCAACUAAUCCUCGCUGUCAAAUUCCAAGCUUCUAGUCAUGUUGGACAGAUCUAUAGUGUUCGGUUCAUUCAUCCCAAUGGGACAUUGGAGGCUUUGCUAACCGUCGGUGUUUAUGAAGGGAAUCUGCAAAUCGAUUUGUUUAACGAAAAAUAUACACGGAUUCUCAAUAAACCACUGGAAACUAUUCCGAUAAAUGUUCACGAGCACAGCCUCGCCGUUGGUCUCAACUCCACCGCCAGUAACUUAUGGUUCCAACUUGGACAAGGAGAUACCUCGAACUGUGAAAUAAACUACCCAAUCAAUAUCUCGAAUACCGAGGUUACUGUAACCAUCGGUGGUGGAGGUCAAGCAAUGAUCGGAUGUGUUUCGAUUGUUGCUGUUUCUGCAGGGAAUGGUGAUCCAGUGGCACAAGGAACUCCGCUCUCUUUUAAGGAUAUUGAAUCGUGUCCAGAAGCAAAUGAGUGCACGACAAAGGAUUGUAAUACUGGAAGAUGCCUGCUUCUAGAAGUUCCAACGUGUGACUGCUAUGCCACAGGGAAGACCGGACCGAAUUGUAGAGAUCCUGUGUCAACCAUCCAACUCCGCAACAACGAUGAAAAUGACGAAGCUUCUGCGUAUCUCCGGUACAAACCAUGGCAACCAGAUCAGCAUAUCACUCGGAUCGCAAUGGACUUCAAAUUCUCGGAUUCUGAUGCGAAAGAAGGAAUUCUGGUGUAUGGAGAGACGAAUUUGUUGAAAAUAUUCAAGAUCUACGUGGUAGGAAUCAAGGGAAAAGUGAUGCUUGGCAGUGAGAAUGUGAUGGAUUUCGAAUUGAAAGAAGACCAUUCAGAUUUCCACAGCAUAAUAGUCCGUCUAGGAGAUGGACUAUUCAACAUGUAUGUUGACACGAACAUAAUCCGUCGGCAGUUCAAUGAGACCCUCUACUUCACAACUCUUCAAUUCGGUGCUCCCAUUCCAACUGAUGUUUCGGAAGUUGGAGUUACAGCGUGUAUAAGAAAUGUUUAUGUAGAUCAUAAUGACAUCAUUAAUUUGAUUUCAACGAUGAAUGAUUCUAGGGUUACUGCCUCCAAAAUCCGCCCAUGUGUCAAUGAAGAUCUGACGGUAUUCCAAGGACCUCAACUCUUCUCUCCGGAUCCUGUUGUGAUGAUCACUAACGAUCCAGAAUCCGACGGAGGAAGACCAGAAGACGGAGAUUUCGAGACGAACACGGCGAAUCUGUUUCCAAUUCCAGGAAAUAAGAAGAAACCCCGCCCACUCCCAGCCACCAGUUGCGAGAAAGCCAACGCCUACAUGUGUCAGAAUGGUGCUGGAUGCAAAAAAGAAAGCGACACAGAGUUCACGUGUUUCUGUAGAGACGGAUACAUUGGAAAGUUCUGUCAAUUCACCACUCUCCCCCGAUCAUGUGCUGAAGCUCGAGACUUCUUGAAACUUCCUAACGGUCCCACUUGGGUUGAUGUUGACGGAAAUCGGAAACUAGAUCCCUCGGUGACUUUGUGUAUAAAUGGAGAAACUCAAAUCCCACACGACAUGGAACCAUCGAAUGUCGUCAGAGAUGCUGGAUUCCAAAAUCAUUCGAUGUUUGUCUUGAGUUACAGAGAUUUCAAUACUUGGCAACUCGCGAAGUACAUCAAAAACUCUGGCAGUUGCUCUCAAAAUAUAAAUUAUCGUUGUAACAAAGCUCCACUGAAUUUCAAGGAAGGAAAGACAUGGUUCAAGAGUGUCUCAAAUUCAACAAAGAAAAUCAGACAGAUAGGAAUUCUGGAGAAUUCAUGUCCUUGUUUGGAUCACGGAUGUCAGUCAGGAGAUAAAUGUAACUGUGAUUCCGGAGCAAUUGCUGAAGAUAAUGGAGACCUCAUUGGAAAACAGGCAGGAAUUUCUGAAGUUGUUACACUUUUCGACGAGGCUGAUGUGAGGGCGGAGAUGACGAUUUCUGAUUUGAAAUGCUCGGGAUACGAAAAUGAAAAGCCGAUUAGAUUCACGGAGAGGACCGAGUUGAAGGUAUCUGACUGGUCUGGAGAAUCUGUUGACUUCCAAUUCCGUACAUCUGAUACCCCGGCGACAUUGGUGACUGUUCGUGGGAACUAUGGAGAGAAAAUAAUCGGAGUAUCACUUCUCGAUGGGCAUACUGUACAGAUCAAUAACUUUGAGGCGGUGAAAAUUAUUGAAUCACAGAAUAAACUAAAUGACAGUAACUGGCAUCACAUUCUCAUCGAACUAUCAGAUGGAGAGAUCCGGGUUACUGUAGAUGCUGCGCAUGUCCUGAUGAGUAUUAUGGAUAAUGCAGUGCUGGAAGGAAGUGUGGUUUUGGGAGAAGAGGGAAGCGGUUUGAUUGGGUGCGUGAGGAAUGUGUUGGUCAACGAUGAAUCCGUGGAUUUGUAUGAAGUGGUGAAGAAUUCGGAGAAGAAAGGAAUCUCCGAAACUUGCGACACCCGUUGCACUCCAGAUUUCUGUCAAAACGGUGCCAAGUGCUACGAAGACUUCUUGACAGGAAUGCCUUACUGUAGAUGUGCAUUCCCUGAUGUUCACUCUGGAUUGAACUGUGAAAUAGACAUAAAUUCAAACUCCUCCGUCUCGUUCCAUGGCGGAUUUUUGAAAUUCGAAGAUGUGGAAGACGUGUUGACGUCGUCGAUUUAUUUCAGUUUUAGGUCGGAUAAAACUCACGCGUUGCUGUUUUUCGCUCACGAUCAGAACAACAACUUCUUGCAGGUCCAUCUAUCCGAAGAAGUCAAUGUCACCCUAACCCUCAACAACUUGGACAUUGUCUCCCAAUGUACCGUCCGUGCCCAACCCGGAACAGAGUUUGGAGAUAUGAGAUGGAUUCAAGUAGCAAUUAGUCAUGAUUCGAAAUCCUCUCAAUUGCAAGUCGAUGACGCAGCGUGCACUAUUAGAACAAGCCGUAUCCUAGCCCAAUACCCGAUUAAUCGACUACUUGAUGUCUACAAUUCUGAAAUCAUUCGAAUGCCAGUCGGCUUUGCAGCUCCAAUGAAUCCAGACCCAUACACUUUCACUUUUGUCGGAAACGUCGAUGUCGGAUCGAAAACGAAUGACGGUUCUUUCCUGCUCGCUCCAAAAUACGAAUCCCCGAUCCCCCGUUUCUAUGGUUGUCUUCGAGGACUUCAGAUCAACCGAAAAUUGAUCGACAUGAGAGCGAAAACUGAGAGUUUGGAGACAAGUGAGAUGUACAAAGCUUAUGGACCAGUUCAAGUAAAAUCUGGAUGCGAGACUGGUUGCUCGUCGAUUACCUGCUCAAACGGAGGUCAUUGUUCCGUCGCAUGGACGAACACUGAUCCAACAGCAGUCAAAACGACGUGUGACUGUUCGAGAACUAGUUAUUUGGGUUCCACGUGCUCACUGGAUGAAGGAAUUCAUUUGGAGAAGAAUGGAUUCAUCGAAUUCGAUAUUUCAAAAGAGAUGAAGAUGUACUUGUUUGAUAAUGGCCAGAAAAUUCCACAACUUUUGAAAUUUGCAUUUUCAUCUGGAGUGGUUGAAGAGCUGGAUGAUAAGGCGGUGUUGGCGUCAGUGAUUUUCAAGGAUAAAAGAAAACUUGAAAUCGAAAUCAACCCGAAUAGAACCAUCAAUGUGGCUAUCACCUAUGAAAAUGGAAAAUCAGAUAUUCUUAACUUCGUCGGGGAUUUCUUAGAUGGCUAUCGACAUUUCGUGGUUGUUCAGACCAAUCAAGGAAGCGCCACUGCUGUUAUGAUUGACUCACUGCGUCAAGACUUCGAAUACCGUGACUAUGAGCGAAAUAUCGACAUGUUCAGCGCAGCGCUCAUCAAGAUUGGAGAUCAAUCUUCGGAAACCGAGGGUUACAACAAAUUUGGGUUUGAAGGGUGUAUUUCGAAUUUCCUCGUGGACUAUCAACGUGGCUCCUCUCUAACCUUCCAACCCAUCUCCUACUUUGCCAAUCCCUCUCAUCACUACCAUAAACUAAUCGAAUCGGAUAAAGUGACACUUGGCGGAUGUGCUGAAUUCGAAGUUCCAAAUUCUCUCCCAGUCUAUCAGAAUCGUGUCAAGUUUCCAAUUUGGGAAACCGAUUUCAAGAGAUUCAUCUAUCACGGUGAAAUUGAGAAUUCUGAUUUCGGGGAUAAUAAUAACUGGUCAGAUGAGGACAGUGGUUCAUUGAUGUGGGUCAUCUUCAUCAUUUUCGUGCUCCUCGUGAUAUUCCUGAUCGUUUUCUGCAUCUUUAUGAAGUGCUGUCGCGAGAAGAUUCAUGCAAGAGACGACGGGUAUCAUCAUGAUGAAGACCUUCCUCUCCAUAUGGCUCCCACUAUUUUGAGACAACCGCAACCUAGUCCGCCACCAAUCACCAAAUCCCUUGCCAGCAACUAUCAUGUGCCUAGUCCAAACGUCGACUUUUACAAGGAAAACAUAUAUGAUGACGAUGAGGAGGACGAUGGUGUCGGCGAUGAUUUGGUCGAUGGAACGAUUCGAGAUGACAGUGACAACGAUACGAUUCGACAUAUUGAUGAUGAAGGGCAGGAUGAGGAUGGAAUGGUUAUUGUCUCCCGUCCCACACAAGUCAGCCACCUCCCUCAACGAGUCUCCUCAUUCCGUACGGGUGAUCCAACUGCUCCAAAAGAUAGUCCAUUGUACUCAUCACCUCGACAACCACCGUAUCCAGUUCACGUGAAUUCACCAGUCCCUCCACCAAGAAUGGCAAAUACUUCUCAAGUCAGCUCAAUUUGA